GUCUUGCUGAAGGCUGCUCGAAAUGUCCCUGUUGAACUUCUGGGCCCUGGGGAAGUUCAGGGGGCAGGUCUGGAGAAGGGGAAGUGGGAAGGGAUGUGAAACUUGGCCACAGCCUGGCGCCACUCCUGCUGGGUAGCCCACAGGGGCCCUGCGCAGAGGGCAGGAACAUCCAGUUGAAGUUGACGACGGGAGGCAGGGGCAUCAUGGAGGGGCCCUGGGGCUGGCUGGUAGUCUGUGUGCUGGCCUUGUCGCUGGCCUCUACGGUGACCCAGGAUGUGUGCCGAGCACCAAACGGGAAGGACGGGGUGGCAGGAAGACCCGGCAGACCGGGGCGGCCAGGCCUCAAGGGGGAGCGAGGGGAGCCGGGGGCCCCUGGCAUCCGGACAGGCAUCCGAGGCCUUAAAGGAGACCAGGGAGAACCCGGGCCCCCUGGAAACCCUGGCAAGGUGGGCUACCCAGGGCCCAGCGGCCCCCUCGGGACCAGUGGCAUGCAGGGAAUUAAAGGCAUCAAGGGCAAUCCAGGAAACAUCAGAGACCAGCCACGGCCGGCCUUCUCGGCCAUUAGGCGGAACCCACCGAUGGGAGGCAACGUGGUCAUCUUCGACAAGGUCCUCACCAACCAGGAGGGCCCGUACCAGAACAACUCGGGCCGCUUCGUCUGUGCUGUGCCCGGCUACUAUUACUUCACCUUCCAGGUGGUGUCCAAGUGGGACAUCUGCCUGUUCAUCGUAUCCUCCUCCAGGGGCCAGGUCCGACGCUCCCUGGGCUUCUGUGACGCCAACAGCAAGGGGAUCUUCCAGGUGGUGUCGGGGGGCACGGUGCUUCAUCUGCAGCAGGGUGACCAGGUCUGGGUCGAAAAAGAUCCCAGUAAGGGCCGCAUUUACCAGGGCUCCGAGGCUGACAGCGUCUUCAGCGGCUUCCUCAUCUUCCCGUCUGCCUGAGCCAGGGAAGGACCACUCCCCCACACCCCGCCACUGCUCUGGCUUCCAUGCUCUGCUCUGUAAAAUGGGGGUGCUGUUGCUUUAGCUGCUGAAGGGAGGGGGCUGGCUCCGAGAGCCCCAGGACUUGCUGCCCCAUGACACGGGCUCUAAGAAGCUCAUUUCUUAGAAGUCUUUCUGGAAU